CUCCCGUCCCUCCAGCCUGCAGAGUUUUCCGUCCUGUGUCGGGAUAACAUCGUAAACGAGGACCACCUGACGGUAAGACCGGACUAAAUGGAAGCAGCGGAGGAAACUCUCACUUACCGAGAUGUCACCGGACUUCACAGGAAGCUGCUCCCAGAGGACAAGGGUAAGGACACCACGGACAGUAGGGGCCACACCACCGAGACAAAAAGCGACGAGUCCAACUAUGUGGAUCUGGACAUGAAACCGGACGGCGCAAAAACCGUGAAAGUAACUUUCACUGGCGAGGGAAACCAGCUGUCUGUUGUGAAAUGCGACAAUUCAAAGAAAGGGGGGCAUGUCAAGGAGAAAACAAAAAUCAUUUCGGGGGACUUACUGGAAGAGCAGUCAGGGGACAAGCGGGCCACCGUCUCUGGGCCUGUUUCGGACGAGCCUCCUUUGGAAACUCCGACCAAACUUCCUAACACCGAUCAGGACUCGGGGAAUGAGAAGCAGCGCCAGGCCGAGCUCGACCCGAGUGACUGCAGUGAACACGCGUGCAGUGAGAGCGAUGAGCUCCAGUACACGGACAUGUAUCUGAACAGCAAAACGGAGUCUGAUGAUGGUGCCAGCGCGGUGCUGUCCGACCACUGCGGCUCCGACACCGUGGAGGACGAGUCUCACUAUAUCACGACGCACGAAAUACAACUGACCGAGCUCGACCACGACGUAGACUACGAUCUGGGCCGAGGGACGUGUUGGGAUUUUGAAGACAACAACUUGGUCUAUUCCUUUGUGGAUUAUGCGUCUUUUGAAAGCGACGAAACGCAGGAGGGGGCUUUGAUAUUGGAGGACAGGAGCCGGGCGAAAGUGCAGUCUAAUCUUGGUGGAGCGGUUGUCAGCACCGAGCAGGAGGACAGUGAUCUGUGUGACUCGGAUGAAAGUGUGGGCAAAAACCAAAGCGGAGACGCUCAUACCGGGAAAAUUCAUUUAUCAAUAAAAACGUCCUCCCGGGCGGUGAACGAACCUGCCAGCAUCUUUGACAACAGCGUCCGUGGGUACGCAAAGGACUCUGGAGACAAGAGUCACUUCUCUUUUGUGAGCUCUGGCGCCAGAGCGGGGCCCCUAUGCGAUAGAGCCCAAUAUUUCAUCCCUGCUCCGGGACGUCAGCACCUUGCAACCAAACUAAGACGGAAAGAUAUUAAUGAGUAUUCCAGCGGAGCGUCCAGCUCCAUUAGUGAGCUGGAUGACGCUGAUAAAGAGGUGCGUAAUCUAACCGCCAAGUCUUUCCGCAGCUUGGCAUGUCCAUACUUCGAUGCUAUUAAUCUUAGCACCUCGAGUGAGUCUUCUGUGUCGGAAUAUGGUCUAAAUAAAUGGUCAGCUUAUGUGGACUGGAAUUAUGGAAACAUAUCGCGGGAAGGAGAGCGGAGCGUAAUUGCGCACAAGACUUCGAGCGCAAGUUGGAAUUUGGAAAUGAAUAAGAGUGUGGACGGUAAGAGGCAUGGUAAGUCCAUUACCGGCAUGAAAGCUCCGCAAACCAAAAUGUGUGCACUUAACAAGGGAACAGCUUCUCAGCAAUCUUCGUCCUCUAGCAAAAAGAUUGAACUGAAAGAUCACGUUCAGCCAAAACAGCGUGGAGUCACGCUGAAUUUCCGAUAUAAUGUUGAAGAGCCUGAAGGCGCCAGACGUCCAAAAUGCUCGAAAAAAGCACGAGCCAGUGAGGUCAGUGGGACUGUGUUGGCCAGGUCAGGGUGUGAGAUGCGGUACCAUCAGACAGAUAGCACGAGGGGCACGCACAAACGAGCAGUUUUUGCAUCAAGUCUGUUGAAAAAUGUCAUUUCCAAAAAGAUGCAGUUUGAACAGGAGCGCAAAAUGGAGAGGGGUGAAAUCCGUGACACGUACCCAGCGCUCUCCCCGUGUUUUCAGUCCAAAGAUCAAGACGGGGUGAAAGAAAGCAGUCAAGGAAGAAGCUUACAAAGACAGCUAUCAGAAACAAGUUCAGGAUUCACUGUUGAUUCUGCAGAUGAUCAACACCUGGAGGGCAGCAGACCGCCUUCCUGUGAGGCUGCAGAGGAGCAGAAAAGCAUCAAAACACCAGAUGAUUCAGAAAAGUCACAGCCUGAGCCCCAGAAAGCACCACUCAGCCAAAGUCAAAGCAGUGCUUUCAAUUCAUUAAAAGAAGAUCAGCCAAAACCUGUAAAGGAGGCUGAACCCGCAUGUGUAAGUGACACAGCAAAGGACGGAGUAGACACCAGCAGCAUGUUGUCAAAACUGCUUUUUGUUCCGAGCUGCCAGCUAAUUUCAAAAGACAAGGAUCUUCCAGAGGACUUGCCAAGUCCUGCACCUGUGACAGGUGCAUCUGCUGGUCUGCAGAAAUGUGAAAAGGAGUUCAAAACAGGCAGUAACGAAAACAAACCAGGCAAAGAUGAAAACGAGAAGGGGGAAAAGCCCCCUGAGAUAAAAAUAUGCCUGCGAAGUGUGAAAGAAAAUAAAGGUUGUACACUGAAUAUUGCCAACCUGUUAACCCCGAAAAUAAGUCACAACACUGUUAACACAUUCAAGACAGCUGGUGAUGCGAAAUGCCACAUCCUGUCUGCUUCAGACAAAAUCCCAAACUUCACUGUUAGAGACAUAAGAGACACCAAAUGCAAGUUUCAAACACCAAUAUAUCAUGUCAGAGAUGUCCGUAAAUUGGUCAAAAGCUCAUACCGCUUUGUUUCUUUGGAUAAUAGUGAUGGUAAAUGUUCCACAGCAGCUGAUAAACUUGAAGAAAAGACCCCAAAAGAGCCAGUUAAGCAUAUAUUACCAUCUCCCAUUGUGAUUAAAUGUCAGUCUGUAAAAACAAAUGUUAAACAGCAAGCAGCUGAGGUGUCACAGAAACAAGCAGGAAUCUCAUUUGAAACAUCUCAAAAUGAAAGUGCAGCACCGCACUGCACAACUAGCAGGGUGCCAACGGUUGUAUCCAAGCAGCUACAUGCCGACCAGUCAGAAGUUCAACCAAAUGCUGAAAGCAAACUGACAAAGCAAAGGCAGGAGAAGUUUACAGGCGAGGCAGCUGACAGGAGGAACGAGCCUACAGUUCCUAAACAGGCCGCGUUAGAGAAGCUCAAAGCUGCCGUCAAAACAAUGGAGCAGCUUUAUGUUUUUGACAGAAAUGAGUGGAAGCGUAAAACACAAGCCCCACAGCCGAUCACGGACAGUCACGUGUUGUCUCUUAUCGCCAGCGAGGAGCAGGGAGCAGAAGAGCUGGACCCAGCAAAAACUGAUUGUAUUACUAAGUCUAUGAUAAAUACCACAGACACAGUCAAACCACAGGAAGGUAAAAGAGCUCUGAAAAUCAUCCAUGUUCCCUAUGAUGAUGAUGCGUUUAAAGCACAAUCGCAGCAAAGUCAAACAUUUAGCAACAAAAGCAUCCUUCAUUUGGGCAAUAAGGCACACGUAAGCAUUAGUUCAGUCAGUAACCCUGUUCCACAAAGCUCCGCCCUGCAGACAUCAUCGACUAUGAGAAGCUCCAACACGCUCGUGGCUCCACUUUCGGUGAAAAUAGAAGCGCCAAAAAGCAACCAGGUGGAGCAGGGAAAGGUCAAAAUCAUUCCCACUAAUCCCACGAUCACACAAUCCUCUUUGGACUCUGAGAACUACUUAACCAUACCAGGGCUGGGGUACACCAACGAAAUCAAACUGCUGAAUCAAGAGCCUGUUUCAAAGGAGGUGAGUUCAAAUGUAAGCCAAAACAAAACACCAGAGCAGAUCAAGUCUCCAUUAAUCAUGGAGUACCCAGCAUCAAGCAUCUACCAUCACUCGGGGGCAACAAAAGGACCUCAAACACAACAGCAGGUCUUGUGUUUCUCGCCAUCUGUCCCGACUGUUUCACCUUCUCCUUCUUCCGGAGAGACAGUCCCACAAACUCAACGCAAGAUGCUUCUGGAUCCCACUACAGGACAUUAUUACCUGGUGGACACACCCGUACAGGCCACCACAAAGAGGCUGUUUGACCCCGAGACAGGCCAGUAUGUGGAUGUACCCAUGCCUCAUCCUCCUGUGGCACCUGUUGCCCCUGUUACCCCUGUGCCUCUCUCUUUGUCCCCCCUGGCACUGAGCCCGGGAGCUUACGCCCCGACAUACAUGAUCUACCCGGGCUUCAUCCCCUCGCCUACUCUGCCCGCCCAGACGGUGCUGCCACAGUCACCGUGUCACUCUGAGGAUGCAGUUGGAGAGAAGAUAAAAAACUCCAGAAGCCCCAGACUGGAAAUUAAUGCAACAGGCAGUGAGAGUGCGUAUUACAGCGCAACAGGUGAGGCUCCACGAGGUCCACUGCAGCAACCUGUGAGCUUGGGACAUGUGACCGCCAGAGGAGGUGCAGUGAGCUCUGACAGGAAGCCAGUUAUCAGCAUCACAACGCAACAAGGUCCAAGAAUCAUUGCCCCACCCUCCUUUGAUGGAACAACCAUGAGCUUUGUAGUGGAGCAUCGGUGACCAAGGAAACAUCUCAUCAUACAUAGAUCUCCACGGAAGAAUAUGCCUCGAAAGUGUAGUUUUCACCCUUGUCAGCCCACCUGUGAUCUACUUCCCAGAACAACUUCCAGGACAACAAUUUCUAUCCCCGCUCUUUUGCGUUGUUUAUUCACGCAGCAGAUGUUACUGUAUUCUGUAUGCAUUGCAGCACUUUGUAGGGUAGAUGCAUUCAGCCACAUCCUCUGGCUGAUGCUCUGCCAUAUUGCUAUAUGAAUCUGCUGUGUAAUACUUUCCAUUCAGCUGCUGUCUAGAACUCCUGAAACGCUGUUUGAGCGCUGUGGCGUGUUUAUUCAAAAGGAAACAAGGCAGGACUUUUAUUACGGUACGACACCAUCAGCCAAGCCACUAUUUUAUUAUUAUGAAUUUAAUGGUACCAUGUUUUUAAAGUGAGACUAUGUAACUUUGUUCAUGCUGGAUACAUUACAGUGAGUCAACCUUGUCAGUUUAUCCUAGUGGCGAAAUGUGAUAUUGCAACCAAAAAUCCCUUGUGGGAUAAAAAGCAUUCUCUCCUCUGACUAUUAUUAUAAAGGAGAUACUGGCCAGAAGGACUGAAGCUUCUGUAAUCACAGACACAAAAACCUGUGUGCGGCAGGCCAUGAUAAACAACUUUUGGUCAGAGGUUCUGCUAAAUUGUCAGAUGACUCUGGAGAUCGAGGUAGAGCUUGGGAUCAGCAUGGGAUCAGAAUUGCCUACCUGGACUAUCAAUAGUGUUGCACAAUUGAAGGAACAAUUUGAAGAACUUCUGAUCCUUAUUGUCACAUUAUUUGCAGAGGAGUCCUUGUCCAUUUCACUAGCAGAGGCCAUGGAGGUGUUUCAAAAGUGUCCACAGUUGCAAGGCACCAGGGGUGGAUGAGCUUUGAGAUGUUGAAGGCUUUGGACGCUGUGGGGAUUUUUUAGACCCUCAUUACAUGAGACUAAUUUCUACAGAUGCAGCCGCUUUUAAAAUGUGUUGGAAAAGAAUGGCAGACAAAACAAAAUGGUGCACUUUUGUCUUGCACUGAAAAUGUUAAAAUAUUUUUAACUUAAAGUGGCUGAAAACCACUAGAAUGUGUCAGCACACAUCAGGCACGUCGUAACAAGAAAAUUAUGAUUUUGUUUCCCACAACGUGCCUCCUCAAUCAGUAAAGGUGCCUGUGCGCUGGCAGACCAGGAUGGUGGGUCUCAUUUUUGAAAAAGGGGACUAGAGGGUGUGCUCCAACUAUUAGGGUAUCACGUUAUUUAACCUUCCUUGGAAAACUUACCAGGCUAUUGGCAAGGAGGGUCUAUGAAAUGUUUGUGGUGCUGUAUCUGGUAUUAGAUACUAUAGAGGUGACAUUAUUACUAUAAAGUGAGAGCUGUGUCCACAUUUUCUGCAGGAAGUCAAGGUGUUCUCAAUGGAAUGGUGCUAAAUCAAAUUUGAGUUUUUGGUAUGGUAUCCUCUGGACACAUCUCUGCUUGUUGUGGAUGAUGUGAUUCUGCUGAAAUCGGAUUGGAUUGGAUGACUUCUAGUGCACACAGGGAUGGUUUGUGACCAGCAGUAAACCUGCUGGUAAGAGGGUCAGAACUUCCUAAUCUGAGUCAUGGUGCUCUUCCAGAAAAUGAUUGAUUAUUUCUCUCAGAUUUUGAGGGAGCAUUCAAGACCUCCUGCUGGGAGGUGACCACAGGGCAGACACAGAAUGUGCUACAGGGGUUACAUAUCCCAUCUGCCUGGAGAACACCUCAGGAUGCGCCAGGAAAAGAUAUAGGACACAGCAGGAAGGACAGGAGGGCUGCUGCCACCCUGACUCUCCCAUAUUUUGCAAACGUUGAACGAUGGACCAGAAUUCAGUGUGUCAUUAUCCUGUAUCCUGCUCUUUGUGGCCACAGUGACCGCUGUUAAUCAAAAGUUACAUAGUCUUGCUUUAAUUCACACAAUAAUUUUGUAAUUACAUUACAUAAUACGAUCACAUUGAUUACAAUUAAAUAAUAAUCUAAUAAUUACAUAACAAUCAUCUUACAAUUACAGUCAAUACAACCACAAUGAAACACCGUUUUCUGAGGACAGGGACCAUUUGUCUGCACUGAAUUAAAAAGAGACCCACAGAUUAAGGGGUAAUGUCAAAUCACCAGUUUAUUUUUUUUAAGUUUCAAGAUAAUUAAUUCAAAUUAUUAUAUUUCAAAAUAUAAACAUAUCUGACAUUUCUAUGUAUCAUAUUACUACUCUUCAUAUUUACAAUAAGUCCAUGUCUCAUGUUGUACAUGAAGUACGCCUAACUCCUGUGUCAUGACUCACAAAAUGCUGCUAAUACCUGCACAGCCGACGCUGUAUGUAAGUGGUGUAUGUUUAUAGUAUACAUAUUAUAUUUUAUAUACCCUCCUCCCAUUUAACAGUGAGAAGAAAAGAGAAACACAAGCGUGUUACUCAGAUGAAGCAGAGCUGGGACUCUGGUUUAACAUUGUACUUAGGUCAGUAUUUCCUAAGUAGCGUUGGGCCUAAUGAGUCAGAGCCAGCUGAGACAUUUUAGGGGAAAACUUCCUCUAUUGGCGUUGCUUUGUUUUACACUUUUGUGUAAUGAGAUGGGAGUUGUGCGUAUCUGAAUGUGUUCGUGUUGGUGGCCGUGAGUUAUGUAUGGCAUUUCAGCAUUCUGUGAGCGUACAACAAGGAGUCGUGUUACUUCACUGUAGACAGGAGCGUACACACUGUACAUGUGUUGGGUGUGUCUACACACAUUACACACAGCAGCAAUGUCAGGUUUUUUUUUUGUUUUGGUUUUGUACCUCUUUAGUUUAAAUGUAUUUGCACUGAGAUUUUCAUUAAAAAAACAUACUGAUGUAUUAUUGCUUUCUGUACAGUAAAGCUCUGUGUUUAUUUUCUUUUUUUUUCUGCCCUGUUUCCUUUUGAAUAUACAGUGGGACACCACAGGUCAUUGUGCUACAUUUGACUCCGUUAUACCAACAUCCCACGUAGAAUUAAUGCAAACCGUAGACUGCUAUUUUUAGCAUGUUUCAAAUCUGAAAACAUAUUAAAGGUAUUUGGAGCUGCUGGUCAGUCUAUGUACCUAAAUCCUGUAAAAUACACGUUUAUUAUGCCUCUGUGACAGUCUUUAUAUAAAUUGCCCUCUGAGCUGAUUUCAUAAUAAGUGAUAUGAACUUAUGCAGUGAUUUGGAAGACUUGUUGUUGACUGUGCGGUAGAUUGGUCAUGUUUGCUUUUUAGAGCAAUUUCAUGUUAGAACAUUUAAAGAACUUUGAGGAGAAAAUUCACUUAAAUUUGUACAUUUAAUCCAUAACACAUUGUACAAUCGAAAAUUAUAAAUCUUUUGUAGAGAAAUGACAUUUUUUUUAAAAAAAUAUCCAAAGUAAAAAGAAAUCACCAGCUAACCUUUUAAACUUUGAACAAGUCCAAAUUGAGAGAUGCCAAAGAUUUUUUAAAGUAUGUGCUUGAUGACAAGCUGUCUAAAAAUGGAUGAUAAUAAUAAUAAACACUUUAAUUUCAAAUGAAUCAUUAAAGCACAUUUACAUAUCAUUGUAAAACCUGGUGAAAACUAACACAAGCAAAAAGCAUAAUUUGGAUUAUCCACUAAACCAGCUAUACUUGUGCCAUAAAUAUAAAACUUCCUUCUCCCUCAUGCAUUUUAUUAGUAUCUUGUAUGACCUUUUGUCUGUGAUAGCAAUGUACUUAAUGCACUUGGAUUGUCAAUAUUUUGUCACUAACACUGACAGCGAUGAAUGGCUGUAAACAUUGGUGAUGGCAGGAGCACUAUAUGGACUUGUUAAUUGUAAACAUUGUUAAUUGAUGAUGAAUUUUACCCAAAGGUGCACUGUAACAUAAAUAAUGUCAUUUGUUUUUCUGGACAUUCUUCCAGAUGUCCUUCAAUAAACCUGCUGACUUUGAGGUUGAAUGUGGGAAACUGACUGCAUCAAUGCUUGCCUGUGUUCAAAGAAAGCGUGUUAAAAGAAGGUGAGAUGGUCUGAGACAUGUGCAUUUAUGACUGUUCUAAGAAAAGGGGCACACACUUGAAUGAAAUGCCUUAAUGGCCUGUGGGAAUAUGUAAAUGUUUAAUGCCUGAUAUCACCUGUGUUGUGUGUUUGCCCCAGAGAAAGACAGCGGUCAGGAUGACCUUAGAGGGAUACUUUGAAAAGAGAAGUAAGUGCUGUGUUUGCACUUACAAGUCUGAAAGUAAUGAAUAUGAUGGAUGAGUGUAAUGUAGACUGACAAGCCUACAUAUGUUUGCAAUAAAUUCAAUAUGCAAGCUGCUGAA